UAUUAUAAAUUUCAGCACCCUGGGUCAUUCCGGGUACACCUGGCAUACUCUGUUUUUUUCUGCCUUCUGGGUGUUGAAAUCCGAUAUGGGUAAUGCGGCUGCAUCUACCAGAACAGAGCGCCAGGUGAAAGUGAUGAAAUUAGAUGGCGAAGUUCUGAAAUUUAAGUCCCCCAUAACUGUAGAUCAGCUUCUGCAAGAUUACCCAAAUCAUGUUAUAUUGCUCUCUGAUGCUGUUCGUCAUGUGGGCGUUCGAGCCAGGCCUCUAGAGGGAUCCACACAGCUUAUGCCCAAACAGCUAUAUUUUCUGCUCGAGAUGCCCAAAAUUGAGGCUUUUCGUGGCCCCGGGAGGGUUCGAUCCGGGAUGAACAUGAGCGCCCAGUCGCGGCUGGAAGCCAUGCUUUUGGCUCGGAGGUCGAGCUCUGAUAUCACUGGGCUUAGUUCUAGUUCUUCUCCUUGUGCAGUUUCCGGGAAUUCGUCCCCCAUGAGAGGGGAAGAUGGGUCCAUUAGGGUUAAAGUCAGGGUGAGCAAAGCCCAACUGGCUCGAAUGACUCUGGAAGGCGAGAACAGUUCCGAAACUGCCGCAAAGAUUCUUGACCUCUGCCUUGGCGACGCAGAACCCAAAAAAAUUGAGUCUUGUAGCCCGAAUUCGGUUCAAAAUCAGGACUUUGAAAUGCCCCGCCGUUCCUGCACGAAAACGUUGAAAAACAGGGUGAGAUUUCAUUCUGAUUUCCCAAACGCACAAGUUUACUGAAGGAUGAGAAUCUGAGAAAGGUGAAAUCUUGUGCAAUUGUAGAGAGCUUAGUUUGGAGGAAUUGCCGGUGCAAAUAAAUUUUGUAUAGUCUAGUUGUAUAUAACUGCCUUGGUUGAAAGCAUAUAGGAUCUCUUUUUACAAUUUAGUUAUACGCCUGGUUUAUUCGGAUGUCUGUGGUUGUAAGGAGUCAUGUUGAUGGAUUGAAUAUAAUAAUACUAUUUUUUA